UGGACAGCAGUUGCGCGUUUCCGCCUCCGCCUCCACGAACACAGCCGCACUAGCUCGAGGCGGCGAUCGUCGACGUCGACCGUGGCUUCGAUUCAGACGAGAUGCCGCCGGAGCCGCGGUUCCGGGCUUUGUUCGAAGACCCACCGGAAUACGGGGGUAAUGUUGACUUGUUUACACUGAUGAUUGACCAUAACGGAUUUUUUGGUGGCCUGGGCGAAAAUUUGUGCUAUAUGUCUGGAUCGGUUGAUUUUUUUGAUGAUUGCAGUCGUGAUACGUUCUCGAUUUUGUGGAUUCAAGAUUUUUUGAGUAAGCUAGGACAUGAUAUGGAUGGGAGGCUCCAUGUAUAUUGGUUAAAGCCUGGAAUGGAUCUAAUGGAUGGAUUGCAGUGCAUUGAAACAGAUAAGGACAUUGUUGAUAUGAUUGAAGCCGCCAAGGUGGAGAAAACACUGUCCAUAAUGGUUGAUCACACAAAUUUCUUGAAGACAAUAAGGUAUGAUGUGCUAGUCAAUGGAGGACGGAAAAACACAAAACCCAUUGAAGUUCCAGCGGGUGAAGGCAUCAGUAGCAGUUUACUGAUACCACCAUCAGUACCACCAUCUACUGUACAUGCAGAGGGAACAAGAGGAGGAGUUGAUUCUGCAGAAGAUGUAGACAAUGACAGCGAUAGUGAUACUGAUUGCAGCUUUGCUGAUAGUGAUUUUGAUGUCGAAGAUGGAGAUGAUGACUUGUUUGCUGAUAAUGUUGAUAGAGAGGUGGAUGAUCACAAUGAACCGGACAGUGUGUUCGAAUUAGAAGAUGAUGAUGCUUUACAAGACACUACCCUGAAUUUGAGACUGGAAGAAGAGCAACAUUUGAAGAAUAAAUUCAAGGAAUUCAAUCCAAAAAUUGACAUGCAAAAUCCUAUCUUCAAAGCUGGUAUGAAUUUUAGUUGUGUGGAGGAGUUGAGAAAAGCCCUAAAUGCAUAUAGUGUUAAGAAUAAAGUCAAAGUAAACAAACUGAAAAAUGAUAGGACCAGAAUUACUGCUGUUUGCAAGCCAGGCUGCCCUUGGUUCCUGAGAGCAACCAAAGACAGUAGGACAGAGGGAUUUACAAUUAAGAAAUUGUAUACAGGGAAGCACACAUGUCGUGGUUCCUGGGACUUGAAGGCACUUACUUCACCAUUCUUGACUGAGAGGUUCUUAGAUGAGAUUAGAGAUAAUCAGAAAAUUUCUUUGAAGACCUUUGCAGCGAAAGUUCAGAGACAGUUUAACAUGUGUCCAAAUAGGUGGAAGUUGAGCAGGGCAAGGAGAGAAGCUUUGAGCAUAAUUAAUGGAGAUGAAGAUGCCCAAUUCUCUCUAUUGCUGGAUUUUGGACAAGAAUUGAGGAAAUCAAAUCCUGGAAGCAAAUUCUUCCUGACAACUAAUAGGGUACAAGGUCUAGGAGAUGAGGAAGCUAAAGAGCACUUGGCAACACUAUAUUGGUCUUUUGAUGCAUGCAAGAGAGGGUUCUUGAGAGGGUGCAGGCCACUGAUUUGUGUGGACGGUUGUCACAUAAAAACAAAGUACAAGGGCAUAUUACUGUCAGCUGUGGGAAUAGAUCCUAAUGACUGUAUAUUUCCCAUUGCAAUGGGUUUAGUGGAGGUUGAGUGUACAAGUUCUUGGGAAUGGUUUAUGACCACUCUAAGAGACGAUCUCAACAUUACUAACACAUCUCCAUACACUAUAAUGAGUGACAAGCAAAAGGGACUAAUUAAUGCUGUCCAGAAAGUGUGGCCUGAUGCAGAACAUAGGUUUUGUGUAAGGCAUUUGUAUCAGAACUUCCAAAGAGCAGGUCACAGAGGAGAAGUAUUAAAAAAUGAGCUUUGGACUAUAGCAAGGUCAACAAAUCUACCUAGGUGGCAGCAUGCACUUGAUAAAUUGCAAGCAGACAGUCCAGAAGCAUAUGAGUGGGUGGCGCCACUUGUACCAAACACAUGGAUAAAGGCCUUUUUCUCUGAUUUUCCAAAGUGUGAUCUACUCCUAAAUAAUCACAGUGAAGUGUUCAAUAGCUACAUCUUGGAGGCAAGGGAGAUGCCUAUCUUAUCCAUGUUGCUAACAAUCCUAUACAAGAUGAUGCAGAGGAUUGAGACAAAGAAUAAUGAGGCAGCAAAAUGGCCUGGCACAAUCUGCCCUAAAAUAAUGAAGAAACUAGAAAAGUUCACGGAAUGGAGUGUUGGAGCUUUUGUCACGAGAGCUACAGAUGGACUAUUCCAUGUUAGUUCAGGUGAGUUCGAGAAGGAAUUUAUUGUGGAUUUCCAUAGCAGAUCAUGCACUUGCAAGAGAUGGCAACUAUCCGGAAUUCCAUGCCACCAUGCUAUUGCAUGUUGUAGAGAAGAUAGAAUUCCUCCAGAGUCAAUGGUACAUUCUUGCUACAGCAUUGAAACAUACCAUGAAGCUUAUGGCUACAACAUUAAUCCACUCAGAGGCAGAGCAUUUUGGGACAAAGUUAAUGGUGUGCAUGUGUUGCCUCCCUUGUACACAAAAAUUAUGGGAAGGCCAAAGAGGAACAGGAAGAAGGCACCUGAGGAGAAGCAGAAGAAUGGUGCCACUUAUAUUACAAAAGCGGGACUGACAAUGCAUUGCUCAAUUUGUGGAAAAGCAAAUCACAACAAGAAAGGGCACUACAAAUAUAUUGAGUCUGUGCAACUGGAUGAGCAGGAACUUGUUCAGGCAGCCGAGGAAGCAGAAGUUGAUGAUCCAACUAUACUGCAGCAUAUCAUUUCACAGAGUACAGACCCAAGAUUUGAUCCUACACAUGUACAAGAAUCCAUGGUGUAUAAAAUGGGACAGGAGGGAAGAGGUAAUGUGACUACUGGAAGGGUCAAUGGUCCUCUGCCUCAAGAGAGCUCCUUUGUUGCAGCUGCAAGAGCUACCAUACCACCACCUAGGCAUAGGGUCACAACUGCUACAUUAAGGGGAAAAAGAGGAAGAGCAAGCAUAAGUACUAAUAGCAGGGGGCGAUCUUCAAGAAGGGGAAGAGGCAUAGGACAUGUGCAAGGGGAUGCUACAGGAAGGGCAAGAACUACACAGAAAGUUCAAUCGAGCGGAAGAACAACAUCAAGAAAAAGAGGAAGAAUAGCUGGAGAUAAUGAUGAAGCAAAUCCAAGCACCAGAAGUGGGCCUAUUCCAGAUCUCAAUUUUUCAGUUGAUGUAGAUGAAGUUCCAGUUACUCAGAGUGCACCAACGACACCAUGUUGUCCAUUUGAAUGCACCAGUUACAGUGACUACUGCCAAUUUGCUGGAUAGUGAUGCCAAUUAGUAUUGUUUGCUAGAACUAUUUCAUCUUUUGUUUACUGGAACAUAUUGAGACAUGUUACAGGCUUGUCAUUUUACUAGAAUUGACUUGUCAUAUUACUGGGAUCAUUCCAUUAUUUGUUCUUUCAUCUAUUACACACAGAAUUAUGCAUGCACUGACUUCCAAAUCGAAUGACACGUCAAUAUAUUUGUUGCACGGCAAA